CUGCGUGUUUUCGAUAUUUGUCGUGCAAAUGGCGGUUGUUGCGGUGUUUUGUGCGAUGCAUCUACAAAAUUAACUACGCCACAUCGUUAUCGCAACGUUUGACGAUCAGAAACAUACGAUAAAGCGGAUCGGCGCCGCGAUAGCGGAUUGUUCGAGGUCAUGGUGAAGCUAUUAAAAAGAUUCUUGGCCGGUGAUAAGGUAUUCGCAAAAGUUCGAGGUUACCCGCCAUGGCCAGCAAAGGUCGAAAAAGUCAAUGAUCCAAAUUCCAAGAAUGCUAAAUAUUGCGUUUAUUUUUAUGGUACAGGAGAAACAGCCGUUUGCAAAGUUGACGAGUUAUAUACCUAUUCUGAAAACAAAGAAAAAUUCGGCAAACCUAGUCGUCGAAAAUUCUUUCAUGAAGGCAUACAGCAACUUGAACAAGAACUUAAAAAUGACAGAAAUAAACCUUUAGCAGAUAUUGCUGCUAUUAAGGGUGCUGAAGCAACAGAACUACCAACUGUCAGUGCUACAGACAGUGACAUAGAAGCUGGUUCCUUGGUAAUUGAUGAAAGAGAAAAAAAGAAAUCAGUGAAGAGGAAGGUCCUUACAUCUACACCCAAUCCUGCUCAAGAUACUCCAGAAAUAAAGAAAAAACGUGGUAGAGGAAAAGCUUCAAGUGAUACCUCAAAAGAAGGUGCUUUAGAUUCUCAAGGUGAGGAAUCGCCGAAAGAGGUGGUUAGUCGCAGUGGGCGCAAGAUCAAACCAAAACGAUUUGCAGAUUUUUCGAGUUCAGAUGAAACCGAAACUAAUAUAGAACAUACUGGUCGAGGUCGUAAAAUGAAAAACGAAGAUUCUAAUGAGCAUCAAAUGACACCUGUGACGCAUAAAAAAAGAGCAGCUAUUGAAAAAAGAAAUAAUGAAAGUUCCUUAUUCGAUGGAACUGUAGUAUCGAGUAGUACGUCUUCUGAUUCACCAAACCGAGUUCUCUUAGCUCGUACAUUUGCUGGUGAAUAUGUGGGUAUUAAGUUAGACAUAGAUAGGCCAAAAUCUUUCGAAAGUGAAAAAGCUCGAGCACAAUGGGAUUGGUCAACUGCUACAAAAGCUAUGAAACUCAAAGCACAAUUAGAGAGUGGUGAAAUGUUACCGGAACGAGUGAAAGAUUCUCUAGAUUUUAAUGUACCUGUCCCAGAAGAUGAAAAACGACUUUUGACAAAGGAUGGAGCUGUUCAUCGCAAAACAUAUAAAUUGAGAUGGCUUCGUAUAGAGGCUCAACUGUUACAAUUAGAUGCUCAAAUAAAAUCUAAUCUUGGACUGGAUCGAGCCAAUACAGACAAAUGCUUACAAGCGAUGGAUGAAAUUUUGUCUCUUUCAAUUGAUCCUUUAAUGUUAAAAAAACAUCCUCAUAUUGUUGAAACAGUGAAAAGGCUACGACGAUAUAUUGGAAAUCUAGGAGAGUGGAAAUUAAGUGAAGAAGAAGGGGCUAUUUUCAAGCAAAAAGCGGAACAGAUUAGACAAAAAGCUGAGCAUAUAUAUAACAAAUAUAAGGCUAUGUUUACGAUACCUGAAGGUCAAUCAUUUUGGCAAUCAUUUUCCGAUCAAGUGGUCCAUUUCAAAAAAUUAACAAAAGAUAUGCCUGAAGAGAAGGUAUUUUCAUUGAUGUCCGACCCUUCUUGUUCAGAUACAAGUAUAUCGGAGGAUUUACCUGCAGAUGAUAGUGGUAAUCAAUUGGAUACAGAUGUGAUUCAAUCAGAGCCAAUAGUGGAACGAGAGGCACAGUGUGAAAUUGAAACUGAAGCGGAAACAGAACCAAAAACAAAUACAGAAACCGAAUCACUAGCACAAACAAUAGCAGAAGCAGAGUCAGAAUCGAUUGCUGAAAGAGAAGUAGAAGCAGAAGCAGAAGCAGAAGUGCCUACUAGAACUGAGAGUCUUAAAGAUGAAACAGCAAAGUAACAUAUGUAAAACUUUUUUUAUCUAAUAAUAUAAACUUCUGCUUAUUUUCUUUGUGUGUCAUUAUGAUACUAUAAGAAAAGAGGAUAUAAUUAGAAUACAUC